UAUUUUUUGGGAAUUGCAGAAGACAUAAAAUUAAUUGGAUUCCAUUGACGUUCCAAAAUGGCAAAUACAACAACAAUCUCAUUCCUCGACCUUGAAUUUAUCAGUCACUAGAGAUCCUCCGCCAAAAGUUUUGAAGCUCUGAAUGCAUAGCGUGACAAUUCUGCCAAAAAAUGGAGAAUCGGAAUAAGCUGAUCCAGGAUGGGUUUGCAGAGAUUUGCAGGAGAGAGAUGGGUUUCACUCGACCCAGAUGCUUCGCUCGCCGACUCUCUGCUUCUGAGGUCCUUGUAAAGCAACUAAAUCUUUAUGGGAAGUUAAAUGGUCAUAGAGGUUGUGUAAACGAUCUAGAAUUCAACUCCACUGGUGACCUCCUCGUAUCGGGUUCUGAUGACAAAGAAGUUAUAUUUUGGAAUUGGGCAACUAAAACUAAGCUGUUCGGUUCUCAUAUGCUUCUGGCCACUUGGAGAACAUAUUCCAGACCAGAAUUAUGCCAUUCACUGAUGAUAGGAGAAUAG